AUGUUUAUCAGCAGAUUGGAAAAUGCAAAACAAUUACAAGAAUUACAUAUUGAGAGUCAAAAAAUACCAUUUGGGGAAUCGUUAUGCUUUGAACCACGCAGCGCUUUUGCUUUAUCUAUGUGUCUAAAAGUUCUUAAUAUUUCUGACGAUAACAUAACAUCCUUAAAAAACUUAACUGCAUUUCGGGAAUUAAAUACAUUGGAAGCAAAAAAUAAUUUUUUGAAUGACAUGGAUGAUUUAAUUAGAACAAUAAGUACAUUAAUCUCCUUGAAAGAUCUGUCCUUGCAAGGCAAUCCUGUUACACAAUCUUAUAGAUACAGGGAAAAUCUAAUUGCUAAUAGCAUUUUGUUAGGUAAUCUUGAUGGUAAAAUUGUGACUAAUAUUUGUCGAAAUUUUAUGAAAAAAUUUAAAAUAAAGAAUAACCGACACGUGAAAAAAGAAAUUAAAACUCCUCUAGCAAAUGAUAUAUCAAGUUUUUUGAACUUGCCACCAGCUUUUAAAAGAUCUAUAUCAAGAGCAAUUUUUCAACAUCCUGGAUCACAAUUAUCUCUAACAAUUACUCCUGAAUUGAUAGGAAGUCAACAAGUAUUUCCACCAUGGAAACAUCCAGCAUUUGGCAUCAGAAAUAUCAAGGAUAAUCAUACAUAACAAAGCUGUUCUAGGGUUUUAGAAUAACUAAAAACAAAGAGACAUUUUUUAUUCUAUUAUCAAUAAAAAAAUCGCAUUACUUAUUUUUUUGUCAAUUAUAUCACGAAACAGACGUUUCAAAAGAGAUUCACAAAUUAAGAAACAAACGUCUGUUUGUGUAUGUACACAUUAUAAAAUAUUGAAAUAUAUUAAAAUAUUAUCCCUAA